AUGUUCGGCGUUUGUGGCUGGAUGUGGCCCACCUUCAAGAAAAUCCGAUCCUCAUCAAGUCCAAACUGCCGACCUGCUAUGCGUAUGCUUCGUGCAACCGUUGUCGGCAUACCAUUUCAGCUCAUUCAUCUGGCCUACACCACAACCUAUGCCUUCAACCGGAUCUCGAGUCUUGAUCCAGUCAUGGGCUCUUUUGCAACGAAGCUAGUACUUCUAUUCGGCACACAGCUCGGCGUUACUGCUGCUAUGCUUGGAGGCGGCUGGUUCGGUAUGAGUGCCGAUACACCCAAAGCAGUGGAGGUGGAACUUGCCCGUAUCGAUAUCGAAGGCAACAAUAAUGUGCGUGACGACAUUCCCUUGUCCCGUGACUGGAGCGGAGAGGAUAUUACCAGGACGAAACAGGGCUUUGUCUGA